CUACAUAAUAAUAAUAUUUGCUUCCGUAAAACUCAUCAAAUCUACAAAAUCUGUCCUCCUUUCGCUUUCUUCUAUAUCAGAAUGGCUAUGGAAACUACAGCUAUACCUUCUGUCCCUGCUGCACAAGUGAUUGGAAAUGCUUUUGUUGAGCAGUAUUACCAAAUUCAACACCACUCCCCAGAGUUAGUAUACAGAUUUUAUCUGGAUUCAAGUGUCUUAAGCCGCCCAAAUUCUAAUGGCGUGAUGACAUCCGUGACAACAAUGAAAAAUAUCAAUGACAUGAUAUGCUCAUUAGGCUACAAGAACUAUAAGGCAGAGAUAAAGACUGCAGAUGCACAACAGUCCUACAAGGAUGGGGUCAUUGUAUUGGUAACUGGAUGCUUAACUGGAAAGGAUAACACGAGAAAGCAAUUCACCCAGACGUUUUUCCUUGCUCCACAGGACAAAGGGUACUUUGUUUUGAAUGAUGUUCUUAGGUAUGCAGAACAAAAUGAGACUGAUAACAGUUCAGAAAUGGUUAAUGGGGUCAAGGAUGUAGCACCCGUGCCUUUGACGCCUGAUCCAGAACCAGUUCAUGUGCUUGAGCCUCCGAAUCACAGACAGCCUAGCUCUCAUGCAGAAGAUAUUCAAAUUGUUGAGGAAGUAGUUCAUGGUUCUUUGGAAAAUGAGAAGCUAGUUGGUGAUGAAAGAGAGAUUAUGGUGGGUGCUGAAUCCCAUAUUAAUGCAGAACCAGCUACUUCAGUUUCCCGAGAAGAUGCUCCUAAGAAAUCUUAUGCAUCGAUUGUAAGUUCUCAAACAAAGAAAGGGCCCACCAAAAUCUAUGUACCCUCUAAUUCAAGAAUGGCUCCCGCAAAGACUGAAAAGCAGCCAGUUAAGUCAGUAGCACAAGCUCCUGGUCCUGAAUCAUCAAUUCAUACUGCCUCUGGGGGUAAUGCAUCUGAAUCUAAAGAUGCUCGGUACAGAGCUGAGGGACACUCCAUUUAUAUCCGCAAUUUGCCUUUAAAUGUUACUGUUGCUCAACUUGAGGUUGAAUUUAAGAGAUUUGGACCCAUUAAGCAAGGAGGCAUACAAGUUAGAAGUAAUAGGCAACAAGGAUUCUGCUUUGGGUUUGUUGAAUUUGAAGAUUUGAACUCCAUGAACAGUGCGAUACAGGCGUCACCUGUUACAAUUGGAGGUCUUCAAGCUGAUGUUGAGAUAAAGAGAACUACAAGUAGAGUUGGUAGCGGGAGAGGUCGUUUCCCUCCCGGAAGAGGAGCAGGGUACCGAAAUGACAAUUUCAGGGGCCGUGGAAACUUUAGUGGAGGUCGAGACUAUGGUAGAAAUGACUUUGUUGGAGGACGUGGCAGGGAUCAAGGAGGACGAGGUGGUGAAGGUUACCAACAAGGAAGAGGGAGAGGCGGACGGAGAGGUGGCCUAAGCCAGAUUCCUUCUUCAGCAUAGUUUGGCUGGAGAAGUUGUGGCAAAUUUUGACCGAGUUUUGUGUUGCCAUUGUGCAGCAGCAGCAGAACAGUUUAGUUGUGCAGUU